ACACAAAGACAGAUGUAAACAAACAUUUCGUUCGGUACCUGCGGUACAGACAGUUGCUUUAUGAUCGAUAGAUCGACUGAAAGGAGGCUUUGUGUGUGUUGCUCGACACGUUUCAAUCUUCAAGUAAUCUAGGCUACUUUGUAGGCCUAUUUUAUUUUAAAAUGGCAUCUGCAAACCCAGCUACCUUACAAACAAGAAAUGAAUUUCGCAAUACGUGCACAAGUGUGCUGCAGGGACUUGAUUGUCUUCAUCGUCAGCGAACCGUUCUGAAUGACGCGAUGAUCGCUGCUCUCACUGAACUUGGCAAUCGUAUGACCCUACUUAGGUCUGAUGUAGACAAUAACACAGAUUAUCACAUUGAUGGACCUCUAGUUAGAUUUUUAACAUCUGAAACUAAGAAAGCUCAAGCAAUCAUCCAGGAGAUGAAGAGGACAUGCAGUGAAUCGAGCAUACGAAUUUGCGGAGAAAGUUAUUAUCAACAACACAUCAAUCAACACUACAGUGAAAUACAGUCAGUCUUACAGGAAAUAGAAAGACAUUAUAAUGAUGCUGUUUACAGGAGGGAUACAGCUGUACCUCCCCCAGUCGAUGUUCAGACCCCCUGGCCACCAAAAUACGUACCCCCAGAACAGGUUAAUACUGUCAAAACUGAGGAAGAUACAUCAAAAUAUCCAGGAACUGCUGGCUCCCAAAGAAGUGUUCGAUUUAGUCCACAAGUAGAAAUGACAUCAUCUGUUAGUCCACAAGAAGUAAUACCAUCAUCACAAGAAGUGAUGACAUCACCACAAGAUGUGUUAAGAUCCGAUGCAAUGAAUCCAACCCCUUCAGCUGGGACGGGCUACAAAAUGUCAACAUCUUCAACUCCGGGUGUGUUUGAGCACAUGCAUGAUAUGACAAAAACACAUCCAAUUCACUCUGAUAGCUGGCCUGAGAACACUACAACUCCAACAAGCGUUUUUGAUAGGAAAAAACCACCUCUAGUUUACCCAGGCCUACGAGAUGUCCAUAAUUACAGGAAUUUACCUCAGUUUACUGGACUCAAUCUUCCUGUGCCAAAUUAUCCCAAUGGUGAACUUGGCCUAAGAGCUCCGCAUGUACAGCACUGGGACUACCACAACAAUGUUCGAUACUAACGAUCUAGCCUACCAAGUGGCAUUUCUUUCAAUUGAAACUCUAUUUGUAUAGCAAUGAAUAUAAUUAUAUUGUAGUUUAUUAUUUUACAUAUAUAGAUGUAUUAUGCAAACAGAAUGUUGUACAUUGCUCGAAAUUUGUUUUAGAUGAAUUAUCUUUACAAUAAAAUUAUUUUAUUAAAUAAAUUAACAAUUGAAAUUUCUAUUGGAAGCUAUAUCAUUUCAG